CUGUGGUUUGGAGUGACAAGAGGAAGUGGAACAUUCGUCCCUGGAAAUGACUAUAAGGCGUGUGUUAAACAACUCUCGUUUGUAACCGUUUCAGCGUUUUUCAUCAACAGUCCAUUAACAGCUUUCAGUGAACAGAAGAUGGACAGGUUUUAGCGAGUCUGAUGUGGAGGACAAGAGGGCAACAGCUGUCCGGCUAACCCCGCUAGCAGACAGCCUUCAUGAAUCAAGCCCUGCUCUUAAAAAUCACUGAAACACAACAACAGAGAGAUAGACAUACACCGACUGCAUCAUGAACGAUGAUGUGAUGUUAAACGUACCGGUCAUCCGGCAGCUUUACCACUGGGACUGCGGCUUGGCCUGUUCAAAAAUGGUGCUAGAGUAUUUACAUCCAGUAAGUGAGGAGGAAUUUCAGAGAGUGUGUUUGGAUUUGGAGUUUACGGAGAGCGUGUGGACUAUUGACCUGGCUUAUCUCAUGUGUAAGCUGGGGGUCAGACACUGCUUCUGCACACAGACGCUCGGUGUGGACAAGGGCUUCAGGAACCAGUCUUUUUACAAAAAGCAUUUUGACACAGAGGAGGACAGGGUGAAUGAACUAUUUCUGAAGGCUGAGAGCAAAGGAGUCCUGGUGAAAAAAUGCUCUGUUACUGUUCAGGAGAUCCAGAAUCACUUGGAGCAGGGUCAUGUGGCCAUUGUGCUGGUCAACGCAGUGGUGUUGGUGUGUGAGCUGUGCUCCACGCCUGUCAAAUACUGCUGUUUCCUCCCUGUGGGUCAGAAGUGCUUUUGCAGGAAGCCAGAUUACCAGGGCCACUUCGUGGUGGUGUGUGGAUUCAACCGUAAAACCGGCAGCAUCUUCUACAACAAUCCCGCCUACUCGGACCGUGUAUGCUGCACAAGCUUUAGCAAUUUUGAGGAGGCCAGAAGAAGCUAUGGAACUGACGAGGACAUUCUGUUUGUCUACAAAGACGGUUGAGUCUUAACUGCUUCUGAACGAACAUGCAUUCAAACACCUUUAGCAUCCACU